AUGCCUGAGCGUGUCCAGCUGAGCAUCGAGCAUCGCGCCUCGGUGAAUCGAUCGGCUCAUCGGAUGUGCUACGUGACCGAUGAGAAAUUUGGAGGACCCUUGAUCAAGCAAGUGGCUGCGAUUUUCCUCGGACACAACGCUUGGACCAGUCAACACAUGAUCGCGUACGCGGUCCCAGUGGCCUCGCCGGCCUCGUGGACGUCGGUCGCUUCAGCCGCAGCUUCGACGGUUACCGACGCCUCCAGCACGCUCGCUUCUUCUGCCGUUGAGCCAGCACUCAGCACAGCCGCUGCUGCGGCUGCUUCGUACGCCGACGAACGCAAUCCGCUGAUCGCACUCUUCGAUGGUCUGCUCAGAGUGUUGCUCGCCUCGCUCAACCUUCUUCGCAUCCUGGCCACCUUUUCAACCAUCACAGUCCCCAGCCUCGUCUACACCAUCCUCCAUUACAGUCUGACGCUCCAGCUCAACUUUCCUUCGCUAGCUCUGCUCUUCCUCACCUCGGUCGUUUCUGCCUUCAUCUGGCUUCGAUACCGUCACCUCAACAAGUACGAGCGCCUACGAGAGGUUCCCAUCACUCGAGAUGAAGGCUUCAAUCUCAAUCCGGACGUCGCCUCCGCUGGCGGCGACAAUGAUCGCGGCAGCUUCCACAAUUACCUCGACGAUUUCUUGCAAGCCAUUCGCAUCUUUGGCUUCCUCGAGAAGCCCGUCUUUCACGAGCUCGCGCGCCACCUACAGACACGGAGACUCGUCGCCGGCGACAGCCUCUCGCUCGACACCGAUUGCUCGUUUUACAUCGUCAUCGACGGCCAUGUCCAGGUGUAUGCGCCUCUGCCAUCUGGCACUGCAAGCGCCGUCGGUCAGGACUCGAUCGAAGAUGAAGACGACAGCGGAUACCAGCUGCUCAACGAAGUCGAGAGCGGAGGAACGCUCAGCAGCCUCUUCACCAUCCUCAGCCUCUUCACCGAGGACGUCAAGCUUUCGUUCGGCAGCGACGAAGACUCUCACAUACCGCCUCACCAUCCAGCGUACGCAUCCAUGGAUCGUCACGUUAAUCCCAGCGUCGGGCAUCCUCUAGGCCGUGCAUACAAUGGCACAGCUCCUACAUCUCCCUUUUCCUCCGCCUUCAACCCGCCGACCCAGACCGCCGCUCAGCUUCAGCUCAACGCCGCGGCCCUUCGCAAUGUACCCGCGGCCAUGUCCACCGAAGGCGCUGUGGAACGUCUGGGAGGCUCUGCCGCGGUCCGUUCCGCAUCCAAAUCAGGUCACUCUCGAACCGCCUCCUCCGGCACAGAAUCCAUGACCGUGCAAGACGGCGACACGAGCACCAUCAUGGAUCCUCACGAGCGUACUGAUGACGGCGUGGCCAAUCCACUAGCCCACGCACCCGAUCUCCAGAUGCCUCCAGCCCAAGCCGCCGCGCCCUUCUCACACUUUGCACCAGGCUACAACGCCUCCCCAGCCGGCACCCCGCUGUCGAGCAUGCCCGGUACAGCAAGCUCUCCGUACAUGCGUGGUCGAGCCACUUCCAUCCCGGGCCUACACGAGGUUGCCGGUGGUCCCAACACGCCUGGAUCUAUCCUUAGCGGCAUGAGCGGCAGUGUUCACGGCCACUUCCGCCAACAUGCCGACCCUCUCCAUCGACAAGGUGCUGGAACCGUAGCACGAGCCACUGUCGAUACCACACUCGCCGUGAUCCCCGCAGAGGCGUUCAAACGGCUCACCAAAAAGUUCCCUAACGCCGCCGCACACAUUGUUCAAGUUAUCCUUGCACGUCUGUCGCGCGUCACAUUUCACACCGCUCACAAGUACCUCGGUCUCACCAAGGAGGUCAUGCGCACCGAGAAAUCGAUCAACGAUCUCGCCUGCUUUCCGCUGCCUUCCGAAUUCUACGAGAAGGGCGGCAUGGACAAGCUCCGUCGCCGUUUCGCUCCCCAGCCCACUUCCAGAGACGAGUCAAACAUAGAUGACGACUACUUUCGCAAUUUCCAAGAGUGGACCUCGACCACUCAGCGAAGCUCCACGCCUGUGCCAGGCCCGAGACCUGACGGCGAAGGCAGCGCUACGAGGAGUCCUCCCAAAGUCCGGAUCGCGCGAGAGCAGCCUUCGAUCAGGACGAGUCCCAAGCGGAUGACCACCAAGAAAGCCCCUGCGCCCCGUAUCUCCACUGCCAAGACGCCAUGGGGUCAUCCGGACCCACCCCUCAAGACGCCCACAGCUCGCACCAUGGUCAGCCCGGGUGACUUGCUCAGCAUGGCCACCGUGAGCCAAGACGGUUGGCAUACGAGUGGGUUCGAUGUCCACUCGGCGCAGCCGACACCUCGUGCCAGGCCACGCUCCAUCUCCAAGCUUGAGCCCUUCUCUGGUCCACUGCCGCAUCCCAUAGACGAUCACACCGACGGCGCCAGCCCGCGCUCUGGUUCCUCGCCCGUACCGAGGCGCAACGGCGCCAGCGACGUGUACAACCACGGCGAAGAUAUGGAUGGCGAGCGGCCCUUCUCCAACAUCGGACUCCCUCACUUUGAUAUCAAGAGCGAGGUGAUGGACUGCAUCGCCAAGAGCAUCGGUCUCGCUCAAACCGUCCACUCGCCCGUCGCUGCGAGCUACCAGGCUAGCCCCCACAUCAGCGCGCAGGACUCUCUUCUGCAGCGCUCCGUGUUCAAGUCGGCUUUCAGCUCGCUGAGCAUGCUCGAUGCUGCCAUGGCCGAAGAGGAGUCGAGCAUCACGGGCACCAACAGCUCCAUGGCAGGACACGGUCACUCGGGCUUCCAUGCGUCCGACUUUGAGAACGAAGUGGAGGUCAAGUUCUUCCCGGCUGGGAGCACGUUGGUCAAGGCGGGAGAAAGCCGCGCUGGCCUCUUUUACGUCAUCGAUGGGUUCUUGGAUGUCUUGCUUCCUGCCGAAGCCAACGAGCUCGAGGAGGAGGAUCGCUCAAGGUUGACCAAAGACCAGAAUUCGACAGGCAAGCGAGGCAGUCAAGCCGGCCACCCGGGUCCAACGGGACCGAGCUCGUAUCGCUCGAGCGUCUCGUCUGCUUCGCUACGAGCGGGUCUUCUCGACGAGAAGACUUCACGUGAUGCAGAUUCUUCACGUUCUCAGCGCAGAGGCACCGAUGCAGACCGCGACAGCAUGAACGAUGGCGAUCAUUCAUCAUCUCUGCAUCGACCCGGCUUGCGCGAAGGCUCGUCGUCGUCAACCUCGUACGGAACCACGGCCGGUCUACGAAAACGUCCAACCGAAUCGGUAAAGGUCGGCAAUGCCCUGGACGGAACUGGCGGCGCUGGAAGCAGUGGCAAGCGCAAGCCGAGUCAUGUAUCGAGCGGAAGCGGAGCUGCUGCGACUCCUCGCCAUUUGGACGCUACCACUUCCAACGUACCUUUCGCAGCCAAGGCGCCCAUAUCGCGCCCUCCGCUGCAGCAGCAGCAGCAGCAGCCUCCUCGGGGUCAGACCUCGCAGCAAACCGGCCAUCGCCCCAGGGACGGCAAACGCUCCAUCUUCACCGUGGGCCGCGGAGGCAUCGCUGGAUACCUGUCAAGUCUGCUGGGCACUGCAAGUUACGUUGACAUCACCGCCAAGACGGAUGCGUACGUGGGAUUCUUGCCGGCCCACGCUCUCGAACGCAUCAUGGAGCGAAGGCCGAUUGUGCUGCUGACUCUCUGCAAGCGUUUGCUGUCUCUGCUGCCUCCCCUGAUCCUCCAUAUCGACUCGUCGCUCGACUGGCAGCAAGUGAACGCGGGUCAGGUCAUCUAUCGCGAAGACGACCCAUCGGACAGCUUCUUCAUUGUCAUCAACGGCCGAUUGCGAGCCAUCACAGAGAAGAAGAACGGUAUCGAGGUGCAUAACGAGUAUGGACAAGGUGACAGCGUCGGCGAACUAGAUGUCAUCACCAAUUCGCGCAGACGCACGACGCUCCACGCCAUCCGCGAUUCGGAGCUGGCCAAGAUGCCUUCGACGCUGUUCAACGCCAUCUCUGUGCGUCAUCCCGCGAUCACGAUCCAAAUUUCGCGGAUCAUCGCACGACGAGUGCGAACAGAGCUUGUUCGAAGCAAGCAGGAAGGUGCUGCGCUUGGCGCGCCCAUCCCGGGUCUACCCGACCUUGGCAGGAACAAUCUGAACCUCAAAACGGUCGCCAUCGUUCCUGUGACGCGUCAGGUGCCGGUGAUCGAUUUUGCAGCCAAGUUGCAGACCGCCUUCGAUGACACCAUCGGUGGACGAGCCGUGUUCCUGGAUCAGAGCAGCGUCAUGGGCGUGUUGGGACGACACGCCUUCAGUCGCAUGGGCAAGCUCAAGCUCGCAGGAUGGCUGGCGGAUCUGGAGCAGAAGUACCGCAUGGUCGUCUAUGUAGUCGACACGCCGGUCUCUUCGGCCUGGUCGCAGACGUCGAUCCGGCAGGCGGAUUGCGUGCUGAUGGUGGGAUACGGCGAUGAGCCGGCGAUGGGCGAGUACGAACGGCUGCUGAUGAGCGUCAAGACGACGGCGCGCAAAGAGCUCGUGUUGCUGCAUCCGGAGCGGAGUGUGCCGCCCGGCUCGACGCGCGAAUGGCUCAAGAAUCGACCGUGGGUGCAUGCGCACCACCACGUCGAGAUGCCCGGCCUUUCCGGAUCACACGCGGCGGCGGCGAUGUCCACCGGAGGCGACCCCAAAGCAGUCAAGGCGCUACGGAAUCUCAAGCAGAAGCUCGAGACUUCGCUGCAAAGGUACCGCAAGACCAAGACGCCGCUCUCUGCGGCUGGACGGCCGCACCACGCUUCCGAUUUUGCCAGGCUCGCGCGCCGACUGUGCGGUAUGAGCAUCGGAUUGGUUCUGGGCGGCGGUGGUGCACGUGGCUGUGCUCAUCUCGGCGUCAUCCGUGCGCUCGAGGAACGCGGUAUUCCUAUCGACAUGGUGGGCGGCACGUCGAUCGGAUCGCUGGUGGGAGGUCUGUACGCAAGGGAAGCCGAGAUGGUGUCGACGUUCGGCCGUGCGAAACGGUUUGCGGGUCGUAUGGCGUCUCUGUGGCGAUUCGCUUCGGAUCUCACUUACCCCGUGGUGUCGUAUACGACGGGUCACGAGUUCAAUCGUGGUGUCUUCAAAGCGAUCCAGGAGACGCACAUCGAGGACAUGUGGAUCCCGUUCUUCUGCAACACGACCAACAUCACCUGGUCGCGCAUGGAGGUGCAUACCAGCGGGUACGCCUGGCGAUACAUCCGCGGAUCCAUGACGCUGGCGGGACUGAUUCCACCGUUGGUGGACGACGGAAACAUGCUGGUGGAUGGAGGGUAUGUGGACAAUCUGCCAGUGACUGUGAUGCUGGCGAUGGGUGCGCGAUCCGUGUUUGCGGUCGAUGUAGGAUCGAUCGAUGAUACGAGCCCGCGAGCAUAUGGAGACACGCUGUCCGGGUGGUGGGUGCUGCUGAACAGGUGGAAUCCGUGGUCGGACGCGGGCAAGAUCCCGUCGAUUCCUGAUAUCCAAGGACGUCUCACGUACGUGUCGUCGGUCAAGACGCUCGAAGAGGCCAAAAAGGUCAAGGGAUGCUUCUACAUGCGCAUGCCGGUGGAGGAGUUCGGCACGCUCGCGUUCGGACGCUUCGACAUGAUCUAUGAAAAGGGAUACAGGGCGGCUGUGGAUCUGCUCGAUGGAUGGGAUGCCGAGGGGAAGCUGCCGUCGGGUACGGAGAGGGAAGAGUUCGAGGACGGCGAGGAAGACGAUGACGAGUACGAAGAGUACGACGUGUACACGGAUGACGAAAGUGGGGUCAACGGGGGAGUCAGAAAGAUAAGGAGGAGGAAGAGGCGCAGAAGAGCCAGGAGAAAGGCAGGGAUCAGUGCACGAAGAAACAGUGUCUAG